GAACCUCUUUAUUUUUCAGGUUGUCAUCGUCGCCAUGUUUGGUCUGGUCAGGAAUGUUUCCAGCUGCUUAAAUAUCAUCACCUCUAAUACAACAUCAUUUUCAUUGACAAAAGAUAUCUUGAAGCUAGAGUCUUUCGCUUUGCUUGUGUUUUUCGGCGGAUUCUUUUUAGUCCUUGCCCUAUCGUUCAACGCCAUCAGGAAGAACAUAUACCAGGAUAAGAACUCAUUAGACGUGGCUUUUGAUGCCGGUGGAAAGGUCAACAUUGGUUUGACCUCAACAACUAUAAUAUCCCAAUGGACUUGGGCUGCCACUCUCUUACAGUCCUCUACUGUAGCCAGCAAGUAUGGUAUAAGCGGUCCUUUCUGGUACGCGGCAGGAGCCACAAUACAAAUUCUUCUGUUCGCUAUGAUUUCUGUUCAGCUGAAGAUCAAGGCGCCCGGCGCAAAAACAUUUCUUCAAGUGAUCAAGGCACGAUUCGACUCCCGUACACAUAAAACUUUCUGUGUCUUCGCCCUGAUGACAAACGUAAUCGUCACCGCCAUGCUGAUGUUAGGUGGCGCCGCUGUACUGACUAGUCUCAUCCAGGACAUCUCCGUGGAGUACGCCACUGUCUUGAUCGCCGCGGUCAUCGGAGCGUACACUCUGAUUGGUGGACUCGGUGCCACCGUGUAUGUGUCGUAUUUCAACACAUCCAUUAUCUACAUCAUCAUGGUCAUCUUUAUCAUGAAGAUCUACAACGAUCCGGACUCCGAAGACAACCCACUUGGGUCAAUCGACCGUAUCUACACAUUACUUAACUGCACGGAAGGGCCAAGCGAAAACAGCGGGAACAGCUACCUUACUAUACUCUCCAAACCAGGACUCAUGUUUGGUAUGAUCAACAUUGUAGGAAAUUUCGGAACAGUGUUUGUUGACCAAUCUUACUGGCAGUGCAGUGUGGCAGCCAAACCAAAGGAAGGUGUUAUUGGGUUCCUACUCGGAGGAUUCUGCUGGUUUGCCAUUCCAUUUGCUUUAGCAACUACAACAGGAUUAGCAUACAUUGCCCUUGGCACAACACAGAAUGGUCCACUGUUGACUGACGAUCAGGUUAACGCUGGACUGGUACCCCCGGCAGUGGCACAGAGACUUCUGGGAAGGAGUGGGGAAUUUUUAAUCAUCAUUAUGAUUAUCAUGGCGGUAACAUCAACAGGGUCGGCAGAGGUCAUCGCCGUAACGUCAAUCCUGGUUUACGACAUUUAUCAACUUUACUUGAAGCCUUAUCGCAUGGUCUUGGAUGCGAACAGCUGUCUGUUAUGUGGAAAGGCGCGAGGCCGGAAGUCUAAUCCACGGGACAAGUGCACAUGUGAAAGUAUGCUGUUCUGCUUCACCUGCAAAGAUGACAGCAAACAACGUGAGACCUGGAAGCGAGCCAUUAAACCUCCAUACUCGUGUGCGGUUCACGGAAAAUACCGAGAAUACACGGACUACCUAUCCACACUAAAAAACUGGUGUCUGCUGUGGUCCACCAUCGCCAUCCUCCCUCUCACCAUCUUCCUGGACCUUACUGGGGUGAGUCUUGCCUGGGUGUAUAUGUUUAUGGGUAUCCUGAUUGGCUCAGCGGUUGUCCCGAUAGCCCUUAGCGUUUCAUGGGAUCGACUCACGGGGGAAGGGAUGAUGGCAGGCAGUAUAUCCGGAACUAUACUAGCUAUCAUCGUCUGGCUCUCCGUCGCUUCCUCGUAUGAUGGCGGUCUAGGACGCUUCCUUGAGAACACAGGACGAGAGGUGCCACUCCUCUGUGGAAACAUAGUUGCUAUUAUAACGGGUGGUGUGAUCACGGUAACAACAAGUUUAGUGCAGUCUUGGAAGAAUGGCUCGUUACCACGUGAAGAAAUCUGGGAACAAACACGUGACAUCGAUAGCCCUCUUAGUCCAUGGACUCAGCUUUAUGAGAAAGACUUAAACAUAAUUGGAGCUAACCAGCUAGACAACCGACCAGCAUUAGAUGUUGUUGAAAAUCAUUUCAGAAGCUCGAAGAUUUUGGCCUAUGUUGGGGGUAUUGCCAGCACGAUCAUCCUAAUUGUGGUGUGGCCUUCAAUACUAAUUUCAGUAGAUGUUAUGGAUAGAACAGAUUUUCACCACUGGGUGAUGCUUGCCAUUGUGUGGGCGCUCGGGGCUACCAUAUUCAUCAUCAUCUAUCCAUUAUUGACCGAGGCAUGGGACAUUCACCAGGCAUUCAAGGAAAAACGUCUGAUCAAUCCCGCUAUGUGGACAAAACCACCACCUCAAGUAGGAGGCAAGCCACAACAUGUUGGAAAGAUGUCCGCGAGCGAUACGUGUAAGGGUAGUUCUCAGAAACCAGGCGUCAAAAAGAGAAGUGAUGGCGAUAACAAUGGUCGUCAUGGUGAGGAAGGAUUCACCGAUCCAAAUAUGAUCAACCACAUCACAGAGGCAGAUACGUCGACUUGCAAGUCGUUUUCAUUGACACAAAUGCAGGACUCCAAUAAUCACAUAUGACAUCAUUGAAGAGAUACACAAAUUCACCUCAUCACGAUUUGAAAAUUACAAAAAAAAAAAAGAUGGCUGUGAUUGAGGAAUGUUUUCUUUCAUAACAAAACAAUCACACACCCAAUUAAAUUCUCUGAUUAUCAAGACCGACAAAGAUUGAAAAUGCGGGUCUCUUUUCUCCAUGUUUGUUUCUCUCUAACUAAAUAACAAAUGUAUAUUAUAUGACAAUACAGAGUUCACUUCUAAGACAAAAUAUACGUUCUUACGUAUGGUCAGAGAUACUCUCGUGAAAAAGGUUUUAUGAACAAAUUGACGCUCGUGUAUUUCACGAUGUGUAGCGUACGAUGCCAGUGAUAAAUAUGUCAGUGAUUUAUGUCCCCUGACUACAUUGUUAUAUGUUUCUUAUUAUUAACUUAAAAUUAUAUCAUUUUUUUAUUUUGAUAGUUUAUUAUAUUUCAAAUAUAGUUGUGUGAAGUUGGCUAACAUACGACAUUAAACAUACAAAAUAUGAAUGUUGAAUGCGUAUGUCCGACUGGCUCUACUUUCAAAUUAUGAACGUUGAAUGUCAUACGUCGACCUAACUCCACAUCCAAAUUCUGGAUUUUUUCAUGUCAUAUGUAGACCUAGAUCCACAUCCAAAUUCUGGAUUUGUUCAUGUCAUAUGUAGACCUAGAUCCACAUCCAAAUUCUGGAUUUGUUCAUGUCAUAUGUCGACUUUUUCUGGAAUAUUUUUAUAUCGGUUGUCGAUCAAUGUCAUGGAAACUACUCCGAAAUCAAAGACAAUCAAUUACCAUGUUUCAUGUAUCCUAAUUCCUUUUAUCUGGUGUCAAACAAAUUACAAAUAGAGCUGGACACAUGCUCAGUUAAAUCGUAUCAUCCGCAGUUUGGUACAGCUUUUACUUUGAAAUGAAAACAAAAAAAUCAAUCAAGAAAUUAGUUUUAUGUUCUACUUUCUUUACGCGAUUUGUUACAAUCCUUCAAAAUCUAAAUUCAUGUUAUAAUCUGCUUUCUUUCGGCAAUUAUUUUAUAGAAUAGUUUCCAUGUACUAAAACAUGUUUAGAUCUGACUCCACAUGCAAAUGAACUCUGCCAUGUCGUAUGUCGAAGUAAGCCAACUUCGCCAAGCUGAUUAAUACAUGUACAUGUAUACCUUCGCGGUCUAAACAUAAAUCAGUGAGAGUUGUAUCCCUUGAUCACAGAGUGCGAUAUAAUAUUGGAAACAUAACUUCGUUCAUAUUAUUUUAUUUUCAAAAUUAAUAUGAAAUGCAUGACUUUCUACAAUUGUGAAAUAUUUUUAUAGCUUCUACAUUUAUCAAAUAUCAAGACGUACACGUAUCAAGCAUACUAUUUGUUUAGUUAUUUGAUUUAUCAUUCCCUCUACAAUGCGUUCUAUUACAUAUUCCUUACUAUGUAUUGAACUCGUUGGUAACGUUUUUUUAUCGAGGAUUUACUGCCAAUGUAUGCAUGUGAAUUUACUCUUCGGUGGCCGACAGGGCAAUCUACAUGUGUCACAACUGUUUAAUGACAGGAAUAUAAUGUAGCUUUGUGUAUCCCGCCUUGGUUACCAAAGUAGGUUUUUAUUCCCCGGCCCAUUAUUUUAUCAGCCAAUGCCGUGUUUGUCAAAGUCUAUCAAUACAUAGGUCUAUUGGCCAAGUUUGUCAAUUCAAAAGCCGUUUAUGUAUUUGUUUACAUUCAGUUAUAAUACUGAGCCUCUGCUGUAGAUGUUUCGUUGUUUGUUAUUUGAGCAACACAUGGAGUCUCUUUACAAUUUCCGAUACUUAGUUUCUCCUUUUCUAUUGGCCAAUUCAUUAAGGUGUUUGUCUAAUGAAAAUCUUUUGUCCAAUCCAUUCAUUCCGUCCAUUGAAAAAUGUGCUCCAUUGGUCUAUUGACACGUGUUGUUUUAUCCAAUAAAAAGUCUUGCAGCAGUCCCUUUCCAUCCCUUACAUUUCCUCCAAUCAGCAUACUCUAGUCCAUUAAUAUUAGUUUGGAUAACCAAUGCCUGUGUAACUGCAUUAAAUCUCCGUCCCUUAUAAUAAUAAUAAUAAUAAAUCACACGAUAUAUGUUGUCUUAUCAAAACGUCCCGUAUCAGUCCGUCCAAAUUGGAGUACCAUCUUAUAUGCAUUAACAUCCAUUGCUCAAAAUGUAUGAAGUUGUAAAGAUAUUUUUGCAAAAUGUUUAACCCAUUGAUGUAAAAUAAAAUACGUAUUUAAUGCUUAUUAAUGUUAAAUGGUGUAAACUGUAUAUUUAACAUUGUCAUCGACAUAAAUUUGUGUUUUAGGAUCAAUAUCUGUUAUAUGUAUAUUUUACAUUUGUUGAAGUUGGUGGCGCGAAAGUCAGUGGUGUCAUAAUAUUGGUCACGUGACAAGCGAUGUUCCAGCCUCUCAUUACGUAUUACGUCCUCUAUACCUUGAAUGAUGCAGACCAAAUUACAAACUGUUUAUAUGCAUGCACAGGUUGUGCAUUAUUGUCAUUCAGAUAUAAUGACUAUGAAUUUUAUUGAACUGAUCAAUAUUUCUUUGUCCGGGAAAAAAUCUUGUUGUUAUGUUCUUGACGGAGUUGCUAUUUAACUGAUGUAAACUACGGCGUUAUAUUUGUCAGAGCGCCUAUUAAAGAAAUACUGUUUCAUUGUUUUUUUAGAAAAUGUGUAUUUCUAUGUCAUCCUUAAUGAAGCAUUUAUGAUAAAUGACCUUUGAUCAACGUUUUGAUAAUACCGCCAUAGUAUAUAGGAUACACAUAUUAGAAAUGCUAUUAACAAAUGUACAACGCCGACAGUGUAGAAACUGCUUACCAAAGAAUAUAUUAUAUGGUAAACACGGUAUAGAAAUAUGUUGAAUUAAUACCAACGAAUGAAAAAUCGCUGAUUUUGUACGUAAUUCAAUCCUGAAAUAGAGGAAUACGAUAAAACGGAAUGAAAUCGAUUAGUCGUUCACAUUUACAAGAUGAAAAGAAAAUUAUAUUGUUGGAGGGUGUGGAUCAUGUAAAGUGUGUAUUUUUUUCAUUAUUUUUUUUUUAUUUAUUUUUUUUGUGUUCUAUAAUGUGUUCUAUAAUGUUACACAACAGCCUAUUCUUGUUUUCAAUAAAUCAUAAUUGUUCUUUGUUGGAAAUGUAGCACAAUGCUCCUUUCAAGUUCAAAUUUACCAAACAAGCAUCAAGAUAUGAUAUUUGCUUCAUUUGAUUUGAAAGGGUGUUUUUUUUUAUCAAAUUACUAACACACGGAUAGUGAUAUGGCAAUUCAAAAAUCACUAUUCAUAAUAGAUUUGUACAUCGCAUGUACUAUUACUGUUAUGACGCAGACAACAAAAAUAGCUGAUACUGACAGGCUCCCUUGUGGUUUAAUACUCAGCUGAAUAUUGAAAUUAUCAAAGUAAAAUGUUAAGUGUGAUGUACUAUAAAAAUAGUGUUGUCUCGAGAUGGAAUAUUACCCUCGCCUCCGGCUCUGGUACCAUACCAUCCCUAAACAAGACUAUCAGACCAUAGUGCCCUGAAAAGGAUGCAAUAAUGUAUAAUUAUGUCGUCCAGAAUCGACCGUGUCAAUCAAUAAAAUUAAUUAAACUUCAAAGGUUUUUUAUGGAAAGUAUUUGAUUAAAAGUACAAAUUGCAAACUAAUUUUGUAUGUAUGUAUUUUGUGUAUCAAGGGUAGUAACUCCAUAGAAAAUAACAUGUAAAAAAUAAAGAUCGUUAUAUGUU